AAAUCUUUUUUUAAGGCUGAUUUUUAUUGAAUAAUCGAUGCAAUCAUUGGGAAAAGUUGCAACAUGGAGGCGUGUCCUCUGACGCAGCCACGCAUGAAAGCGCCACGCGCUGUGCUUUGCCCCCACCAGAGAGACUAGAGAGUCACAUAACAAGCUGCAGUGGAACCUUCUGCUUCAACCGUCGGACAGGCAGGACAAGAAGCAUCACUCGCGAUUCAAGAGGGUAAUAUCUAUCUUCGCUUCACUUUUUUGUGACAUAGCAGCAUACAACAAAGAAGGGAAUGAUUCUUCAGCUCAGCCGCAACCUGAGCCGCGCUGCCCCUGUUCUUAGUCGCAGUGUCCACUCUGGUACACGUCCCGUGUCCACCGCCAUAUCCAAAUUGAAGUCUGACCGUCAGCUCACCUCAGAGGAAAUCUAUGUGCGCGAGGACAAGUAUGGAGCGCAUAACUAUCACCCUCUGCCUGUGGCCUUGGAGAGGGGGCAGGGCGUCAACGUGUGGGAUGUGGAUGGCAACCGGUAUUAUGACUUCCUGAGUGCUUACAGUGCUGUAAACCAGGGCCACUGCCACCCAAAGAUCGUAGCUGCGCUCAACGCCCAGGCCUCCAAACUUGCCCUGACUUCCAGAGCAUUCUACAACAAUGUGCUGGGAGCCUAUGCGGAGUACAUCACCAGCUUGUUUGGCUAUGACAAAGUCCUACCCAUGAAUACAGGUGUUGAAGGUUGUGAGACAGCCUGCAAGCUUGCCCGCAAGUGGGCUUACAAUGUAAAGGGAGUUCCCAAAAACCAGGCCAAAAUCAUUUUUGCAGAUGGAAACUUCUGGGGUCGCACCAUGGCAGCCAUCUCCAGCUCAAAUGACCCCAGUAGUUAUGAAGGUUUUGGUCCCUACAUGCCAGGCUUUGAGCUUGUCCCAUACAACGACAUUCCUUCACUGGAGAAAGCUCUUCAAGAUCCAAAUGUUGCUGCUUUCAUGGUGGAGCCCAUCCAGGGAGAGGCUGGGGUGGUGGUGCCAGACCAAGGCUACCUGACCACAGUCAGACAACUUUGCACCAAAUACAACGUGUUGUGGAUUGCCGAUGAGGUGCAGACAGGCUUGGCAAGGACCGGCCGGCGCCUGGCUGUCGACCACGAGGAGGUCCGUCCAGAUCUCGUGGUUCUGGGUAAAGCGCUUUCUGGAGGAGUGUACCCUGUUUCUGCUGUGCUGUGUGAUGAUGAGAUAAUGCUUACUAUCAAGCCGGGAGAACACGGGUCCACAUAUGGAGGUAACCCCUUGGCCUGUCAGGUCGCUAUUGCUGCACUUCAGGUGCUUGAGGAGGAGAAGCUGGCAGAGAACGCUCAAAGGAUGGGAGAGCUGCUGCGGAGCGGGCUGAGAAAACUUCCCAAAGACAUUGUGACAACAGUCAGGGGGAAAGGCCUCCUAAACGCAGUCGUCAUCAAAGAGACCAAAGACUAUAACGCCUGGAAGGUGUGCUUACGCCUUCGUGACAACGGACUGCUGGCCAAGCCCACCCACGGUGACAUCAUCCGCCUGGCCCCUCCCCUCAUCAUUAAAGACCAUGAGCUGCACGAAUGUAUCGACAUCAUCCAGAGAACCAUCUUGUCCUUCUAAACUACAACCAACACUUCCACGAUACACAGACAACCAUCAAACUGAUAAUCCAAAUGAUGACUAUCAUCAUAUCAAAAAGUUUUUUUUUUUUUUCUUUUUGUUUUUUUUUAAAUAAGGGAUUUACUGUAGAAAUACAGUAUACAGAUAUUGUGUUAUAGGCUACACUGACAUGUUUGUACAGAAAAACUGCUGUAUGGAAGACGGUUCCAUUAGACUGCCUCAGGAAAGACUAACACAGGUGGAAAACAGGAGUGGUUUAUUUUAAAUGUUCCGCUGGUAAUACGUGAGUGUAAAUAAUCAAUGCGCGUCUUCAAUGAACCCUUUUUUAAUUUUUAAAAAGGAUAUGUGGUGUUACCAAUGAUGCAUGAUGUCUAUAGUUACAAAGACUUAGUUCCUCCUCGGAGGCAUACAAUUUUAAGUCUGAAAGACUGUUGUGCAGGAGUUGUUGUUGAAGUUACAAAGACUGAAGGAAAUACUUGAUGAAAUGAAGUCUGGUCUGCAGUUCUCAAUAUGACCAAUUUAGUAAAUGUUUCAGUUGGUCUACUCAACCACAGCUGUCUGCUAACAUAAACCUUGGGGGAAACCAGUGUUAGAUAGAGAGCCAGCUAGUCUGGGAAUUUAUAAUCUUUUCAGAUUCCAGGUCUUGAAUUUUUCAGAAUUUUAGUGCAAUUGUUUCUUUCCUAAAAUCUUUCAGGUAGUUUUAAUUAAUACAAUUGUGAGCUGUAUCUGUACAUUGUUGUCAUUGAACCUUCCGAUGAAUGUUUUAUCUGUUACAAAACGGUGUAAAUAUUGUCUUUUCAAAGGCAAUAUUACCCUGUAUAAUCCACUGAUCUUUAAAUAAAUUAUUGCAGUCUUA